GGGUGCCAGGUGACGCGUGAGUACGUGGCGCUGACGUAGACGAUACCCCGGCACAGGCACAGGCGGAGACGGUCGAGAGCGUUGGCCGGUGAACUGGACGCCGGUUCUGGCCCCAUGAACACGCGUAAACGUCACGGUUCCCGUAACACAGAAAACGGAGUAUAUGUAGGACCCCCCCAGACCCAGGUCCUGCCCUCCCAUAUUACUACAGAGACAACUGCCCAUCUUAUUCCGGUUCCACCUGGUGACAUAAUGUCCUGUCGGGACCGAACUGCCGAGUUCAUCUCUGCUUGCAAGUCACUGCAUGGGCGCCACAAUGACAUUCAGUUGUCUACCCCCUCCUUCAAUGCUGUGAAACAACGAAGUGAAUUUACCCUUAUGGCCAAACGUAUAGGAAAGGAUCUUAGUAACACAUUUAGUAAACUGGAGAAACUGACCAUAUUGGCUAAAAGGAAGUCUCUAUUUGAUGAUAAAGCAGUGGAGAUCGAAGAGCUGACAUACAUCAUUAAACAGGAUAUUGGGAGCCUGAAUCAACAAAUUGCUCAGCUCCAGUCAUUUGUCCGAGCUCGGGGAACUCAGAGUGGGCGGCACCUUCAAACUCACUCUAAUACUGUGGUGGUCUCCCUGCAGUCAAAGCUGGCAUCAAUGUCCAAUGAUUUCAAGUCUGUAUUAGAAGUGAGAACUGAGAAUCUGAAGCAGCAACGGAGUCGCAGGGAGCAUUACUCUCAGGGCCAAGUUUCCUCUCUCCCUUUUCAUCACAACAGUUUGGGUCCAUCUGUUCUUUUACAAGAUGAUUCACGAAGACAUGGGGAUGUGACAAUAGACAUGGACUCUAGAGUCAGUCAACAGCUCCAGCUAAUAGAUGAGCAGGACUCCUAUAUUCAAAGCCGAGCAGACACAAUGCAGAACAUAGAAUCAACGAUAGUGGAGCUUGGCUCUAUCUUCCAACAGUUGGCUCACAUGGUUAAAGAGCAAGAGGAGACUAUACAAAGGAUUGAUGGAAAUGUGGAAGACACUCAGUUGAAUGUAGAAGCCGCUCACUCAGAAAUUCUGAAGUAUUUCCAGUCUGUCACAUCAAACCGUUGGCUUAUGAUCAAGAUCUUCCUUAUACUUGUGGUUUUCUUCAUAAUCUUUGUGGUUUUCCUUGCUUAAGACCACACACAGUUUGAAUCCUUGCCUUUUCCAGGCCACUGUUGCCACUAAACACACACUCCAUUCUAGUUCCGCAGAGACCUCUACAAGACAGAGGGAACUUGCUAACUUAAGCAUGGUCAGCAUAUGUUGAGAUAGACAGAACGUAGUGUGAAAGAGAGAUUACUUGGUAUAGCGAUUAUGCUGUGUGCAUUUAUACACAUAAAGUAUAAAUUUUAGUCUGAAAUUAAGCAGAACAUUAAAAAGCAUAUACAUAUUGUAUGUUUUCUGCAUUUAUGCCCAUGGAUACUUCAACAUAUGCUGAUCUUUGCUAUGUGUGAUAUUUUAGAUAAGUAUAUAAACACACACGAUUAUUUAUGUCCAGACCUCUAAUCUUUGUUGGAUGUAUGUGUUUGCAAACCAUUAUAGAGUCUGGGCAUCCCAAAAAUGAAUCUGACAAUGGGAAUGUGGCAGGAAAACUCAUUUGUUUAUUUUAAUCUCUUGUAAACUUUUUCACCCCUAUAAUUUUAAAUUAUUUUCUUGCAUUAAAAGAAUCCUCUUUUCAGAAUCAAUAAAGGGAGCGGAGGAUUUUAGUUCCUUUGUUCGGCAGGACUAAAAUAAAUGUUGACUGCAACAGAAAACAGACUUCCAUGUAUUUGGUCCUGCUGAGUAAAGGCAUUUGUCAUUUACGCAAUGUACAGAAUGUAUAUAGUACAGAAUAUUGGAAUAAUACUCAACAUUUCAUCUUA